ACUGGUCAAAUAAUCCUUCUUAUACGCUCUUAUAAGGAAGCACCGGUAUCUUUUGGGACAAUUCUGUCAGUGUAUAUAGUGUUAAUCGUGAUUGGAAUCUUCGUAAACGGAGCUGUUUCGCUGGUUAUGCUUCGAGGAAAGCGCUUCAAGAAAAACGCCUCAAAUUUCUUUAUUUUUCAUAUAACUUUCACAGAGCUUGCCAUUCGCCUGGUUCUCUUUCCACUCUUGCUACAUUCUCUACUUUCAACAGAAGGAACCGAAAUCUUCCAAUGCAAGAUUUUAACAUUGUUUUCGAACACCUUCUCUUCGGUCAUUUUUGUUAGUUUGCUUGCCAUUGCCUUGGACAGGUAUUGCAAUAUCAUUUAUCCGAUGAAAUGUUUGAAAAAGAAGAGGAAACUUCUUCAUCUGGUUUUUCUAGUUUGGUUGUACGCUGUAAUAAUAACAUGUCCUUUUGUGGUUAGCGUGAAAACUAUUUCUGUGAGUGAAAUUCCAGAAGCAAAAGGAAUGGAAUGUGAAAAUUGCACGCCUAGAAAAUUGUGUGACAUACCACAAAACUUAAUGGGUCAGUUUUCAACAAUUUCGUAUUUCAUUUUCGCUUUUCUUCUCCCUGUGACUGUCAUUUUUCUUCUAUACACAAAAAUUGCAAUCUGUUUGCAUAAAAGAAGCAACAAUGGGAUGGCGCACAAAGUUGCAGCAAGGGCAAAAUCUAAAGCAGUGCGCAUGCUCAUUCUGACCGUAUUUGGGUAUAUGCUGUCGUUAGGCCCUGCCGCUGUCUACGCGAUGGUGAGAUCUUGCGGGUAUCUCAAUGGCAUGUCGUUUGGAAGCAUACUUAAAGCGAGCUGGGCGAUAAAACUAGUGACGCUGACGAGUUCACUUGGAAAUCCUGUUAUCUAUUCUUAUUAUAACGGGGACUUCAGAAAGGAGUUUGUGAAGUCUUGUUUUUCCAGGAAAAAUAACAACAGUACAUCUUUUCAGUCCAUUGAACUUAAGUAACGCCUGGUCGCAUUCUCUACAGGGUUGCUAAUCAUCAGUUUAAUACGAACAAUUAAAAGCAAGAGCUUUCUGCCAUAUGGUCUUUUUUCUCUUACCCCCGCUACGAAACGAAAUACACAAUCAUGCUUUCAGGGUUUUGCUUUUGUUUAAGACUAAUUUGUUUGUUUUUAUUUUAGCUGGAAAAUACUUUCCGUAAAAAUAUCGAGCCACUGCUGGUUCGAUCUAGAGUAGUAAGCUUUAAUAUCCGAAGCAAGGAGCGUUUUGCUUCAUUCUUGAAUUAGGCUCAGCUCGAGGUAUAAGCGAUUCCGGGGUCACUUUAUAGCCUUCAGGAGGCUAGGUGCAAACUCAAAAAGUUUGAUUAAGUCGGCCCGAACUUUCGCUUGCAUACUGAUGCCCAUCAGUUGUUAGACCACUACAAAUAACUUUGUGUUCAUACUAUGACAUGGUUGGGACAUUUUUUUUCAUACUCACCGCGAACUUAAAUAUAAACAGUAAGGUUUAAAGAACACUCCGUUUUCGUUUUGGUGUUGAGAGAGAGAAAGGCGGAGAACGGAAAAAUCUUUUGUCGAGGAGUUUUUUAAAGUUCAAGCUAUUUAACUCGAAGAUGAUUUUGGUUUGUUAGCCGGUUGUCUGCGGGAACGAAAAAUGUUCUUGUCGUUAAAUGUUUAAUUGGAAUUUAUUUAUGUCGUAACCAGCGUUGAGAUAUAUGGUUUACUUCUAAGGCCGUUUUUUCGUGCACUAACUGACGCAAAAAUAAUGCAGUAGUUGUUACAAGCAUAGCUUUAAGAAUAAACUAGCUUGUAUAUGCAUAUCUUAUGUGUCCUUUUUUAUUUUAAUAUAUUUUAGUUCACAAAAAUAAUUUGGAAGGGCUAAAGCCUCCUCGUUUGCGAUAUAUGAAAUAAAUUUUAACAACUGUAUUUUCCAUCAUCAUUAUACUCCAUUUAGUCGCCUACGAGAAUUUUAACGAGUCUCUUCCGAGAAGAGGUUCUGACGUUUUGGAAGAGAAUUUAUUACAUGCAAUUUCUAAAUUACAAUAUGUGUGUUACAUGUUGGCACUAAGGAACAAGUUCUUACAGUUGUUCCUCGUAUACUCUGAGUAGUAUAGUUACCAUACACCGAACAUAGAGAUCAGACCAUGGCUUAGGUGGUCUUCUUACGAUUGAUUCCAACUAAAAAUCAGCAUUACAUCUUCUUUUGAAUUGGUGGUCGCUUUUUGGAGGCGGUCGCUCACAAGAGCUAGUCGCACGGUGCGUUUCUACUGGAUAAGUAUAUCGGCUUGGUGGUUUUAAUCAAAUGCGUUAAAGUUAAUCUCGAGCUUCAAGAAUUGAUUCAUACUUUGAUUUUUACCGUUUUUAGAAUAACAAUUUGGAUGUAAAUGUUCUUUGUAAUUGGUUUCUGUGGCAACUCUCUUUUGCAGUUCCUUAAGGCUUCGUACAGUUGAAUUUUGAUCAAGCCGGCCACCUAUAUUAAGUGGCCACCCUCGAUUAAGCGGCAAGUAAUCAAGGUCCCGAAGUAAUUUUAGAAAAGAUUGGGAAAUGAAACCUCGAUUAAACGGCCGUGGUCACAUUUUGGCCAUCCCAAAGAGAGUUCUCUCAUUGUUGUCACCUCUACUAAGCGGCCAUCGAGCGCUUGAUACACUUGGUUUAGCUUCAUUUUUAGAAUACGAUGAAACCAGUCCGAGAUAGAAGGGGACGACCUAUUGUAGACCAGUAAUGCUUCUACCGUCGGGCGUUUGUUUCAAAAUAAUGUGAUGGUUUUUGCUAAAGGCUAUGGUUAUUUAAAAAUUUUAUGACGAACCGGCCACUUGCUGGUAGCCCGAGGGUGGCCGCUUAAUGGUCAGGUUCAAUUGUACUUGUCACGGUGUUAUUUUUCGAAGUUUACUUGUAUUCGCUUUGGAGCUCCGCUUAAAUUUUACGAUUCAGGCGGCAGUUAAUUGCUUUUUUCUUUUUCCAGUCGAAAUGACAGCUGGCAAUUUCAGCUCACCGAUAAAAUGACCUCUUUGUUUGGGUAGUUGGUUUACUUUCCUUCAGGAAGGCAGAAAUUAUCAUGUUAAUUAUAUUUUCAUAGAUAGAUGUUAUUUGAAACUCUAAGUGUAUUUUAACAGCAGGUAUAAUGAACAAACCAAUAGAGGCCGAAAAAAGCAGUGAAAAUUACAGUGGCAUCCUUGGAUCCAUUUCAACUUUAUUAAUUAAAUGGCGCGCACACAAGCUUGGCUUUAUAAGGAAAACAUAAGAUCGGGAAGUAGAUUAUCGAAGGUAAUACUACCUGGGAGACCAAGGAAGGGCUGUCAUUUCGCAGGAACUUAAAAACUAGAGGAAAAUAGGAAUUAGUUAAAGACACAAAACAAGAGGUGUGAUUCUAGGAUAUUGAUCAUCAAACCUAUCGCGCUGGUCGAAAAGCCAGAAAGAUUUGCAUUUGGGAAGCGUUUUGGACCGCAGAUUGCUGUCUGACCACAGGUAAAAAGGGGGUCUUAGUUCGGAAAGAAACUAAAAAGCUACUUAUCGGCAUUAUACACUCCUGAUCCCUUCAUUUUUAUUAAAUACUGCUAAAAUUGUACACACAAGAACGGUACACAAUGGCUGAUGAUCACCAGUGUUCGACGAAGACGUCAACGGAUUCAAGUGUAACGGCGAAACAUGGCCCUGGUUUAACAUUCCUUGUUAUUCGUUCAUACGAGGAAGCAAGAAUCGUGUUCGCAGUUAUUUUAACUAUUAAUGCAGUUGUUAUCGUCCUAGACAUAAUUUUUAACACGGUUAUUUCUUUUGUAAUAUUACGGGAAAAAUAGGUAUAAAAUUAAAGGAAUGGUUUCAAUUUUUUUAUGCAUUUGGCCGUGGUAGGACUCCUCUACCGCUUUCUUGCCUUUCCAAUCAUAAUCGCGAUUGCUUGGAAAUCCUUUAAUUUAUGCGUAUCACAGCGGGGAGUUUCGGAAAGAACUGGUUCGAUUGCUUUUCAAAAGAAACCCUAAAAAUUAACCCUAUAAAUAAUCAAUUACAACCACGACCAGUGGUAGUGAGAGUUUGCUGUCUCAAAAAUUAUAAAAAAAAAUACAGAAAAACCCACCAUAGAACAUAACUUAUUGAUAAGCAUUUUAUAGUUAUGCACUGAUUGUUAGAUGACAAAAAGUGAAACCUGAGGGCAAAUAUACUUGGACCUAUAGCCAAGUGAGAAACUGUUGUAUAGCCAAGUGAUAAUUCUGUUUUUGAUUAGUUUGCCAAUUUCCGUUCUAAUCAUGGAGGUCAGCAAUUUUUACAGUUAAUUAUCUUUAUUUUAUAAUUUUAUAGCUUUUAUGACAAAUGCUAAUAGUAUUUAUACAGCAGGUGUACUGGGCACCAAUGACACAGAGGCAAACAUGUACUGUAUAAUUAUUGCCCCAAGACUAUCCCCUUUAAAUUCUGUACGGUAUUUUAUUCAGUAACAGAUAAGCACGCUAAGUCAGUAAGUAACUGGAAGGCAAGCUAGGGACGCAAAUUUUAGCGGCCAAAUAUAAUACUUCGUGGGUGAACACAGUGCCACAUUCUAUAACCCAGCCGCUAAAGAUAAUCCUACGACAGUAAACACCAAGGGCCACGAACUAGAAAACAAAAUUAUGGAGAUAAAUUAAGAAAUGAAAAAAAUCAUUUGGAGACAAAAGGACGUGUUCUACCAUCUUCUUGUUUGUCAAAUUUAAUGACCGACUUGGAAGAGAAGGAUUUGCUGCUUGACCUUUUGGGAACUCAUUUGACAAGAAUUGGACAUCACUUUUACGUCCACGGUUAAAUAAAUCUCUUCAGCUCCCGUUUGUAUGAAAAAAGGUGACGUUUUUCAUUUAGGGUGAUAUUUAUUGUAUUCCACAGUCGACUUCUAGUUGCUUUGUGUGACAAUCUCGGAUAUUUUUUAAGGGACUAUUGUUAACAAUGGUCGUAGAAAUACCAUCUUCCAAAGCAAACGACACUAACUCGACUGGAUCAUCAACUUUUCACAAGAGCUCAAUAUUUCUUCUUAUACGUUCAUACGAGGAUGCAAGAAACGUGCUCAUGUUCAUUCUUACGAUAAGUGCAGUUGUUAUCAUCUUGGGAAUUAUUGUAAAUUCCGUCAUUUCUUAUCUGAUGCUACGGAAAAAACGUUAUAAUAGAAACGGUUCCAAUUUCUUUAUCAUACAUUUGUGCAUGGUUGAGCUCCUCUACCGCUUUCUCGUCUUUCCCAUCAUUGUAAUAUUUGCCAUUCCGGCAAUAGGAAUAACAGACAUCCAGUGCAAAGCUAUAGCGUUCUUUUCAAAGACAUGCUCUACUGUCAUAUUUGGCAGCUUGGUUGCUAUAGCUAUAGACAGGUACCAAAACAUUGUACACCCUUUGCAAAAAUUAAAGUCAAGGAGAAAGCCUGUUUUACUUGUUUCCCUUCUUUGGCUGUGUGCUACGGUUCUGUCGUGCCCAUUUGUGGCCAGCGUGGAGAGCAUUUCUGUUCUGGAGAUUCCCGAGGCCCGCGGGAUGUCGUGCAACGAAUGCGCUCACCAGAAAAUUUGUGAUAUUCCACAAAAUGUGCUGGGUCACUCGUCGACCACCUUGUAUUUUCUUUGUGCAUUUGUCGUUCCGUUGAUGAUCAUAUCCGUGUUGUACAUCAAAGUCGCUAUCUUUCUGCAUCAAAGAAGCAAUAAUGGAAUGAUGAACAGAGUGGCGGCGAGAUCAAGGACUAAAGCAGUGCGAAUGCUUGUUUUAAUUGUACUAGGAUAUGUCUUCUCUCUUGGACCAUCCGUUUUUUUAGCAAUGUUAAGAUCCUUUGGUGUCCUUAACAACCUGUCUUUUGAUGUUAUGUUGUUGGUCAGUUGGAUCGCGGAAUUUGCAGCCUUUACAAGUUCGCUUGGAAACCCUAUAAUUUACGCAUAUUACAAUGGGGACUUUCGGAAAGAACUUGUGCGACUGUUUCCCAAAAGAGGAACAAAAAAGGUUGAUUCUUGCACAUUAACAUUGACAAAUACUAAAAAAAGUAGUGAUACCUUGCCGCGAGCACUCUAG